AUGAAUCCCAUUUCCCUGCUCCUCAUCCCUGGCGCACGUCCCUCCCUCCUGCUCCCGCUCCGCACCUCCGCCUCGCCGCCCAACAGCGCCAGAGCAGCAGGCGCCGCCCGCCUCGCGCCCGCGCGGACGCAGCGCACUCGGCUGUCGCCCCCGGUCUCGGCCGUGGCGGCGGAGACACCGUCCGGUGUGAAUGACUCGGAGGGGCAGUUCGACUGGCUGGACCAGUGGUACCCGUUCGCUCCCGUGUGCGACCUCGACCCCGGCGCGCCGCACGGCAAGACGGUGCUGGGCCUCCGCGUUGUCGCCUGGUACGACCGCGCCGUCGACGACUGGCGUGUGUUCGACGACGCGUGCCCGCACCGCCUGGCGCCGCUCUCCGAGGGCCGCAUCGACGGCAAGGGCCGCCUCCAGUGCGUCUACCACGGCUGGUGCUUCGACGGCCGCGGCUCCUGUGUUUUCAUCCCGCAGGCCCCCGCCCUCGGCCCACCCGUGCACAAGAACAGCAAGGCGUGCGUGGCGUCGUACCCGAGCGUGGUGCAGAACAGCGUGCUGUGGUUCUACCCGAGGGCCGAGGCCGAGCACCGGGACGUGCUGCGGAGGAAGCGCCCGCCCUUCUUCCCGCAGAUCGACGACCCCUCCUACGACACCCACAUCAGGGACAUCCCCUACGGGUACGAUGUGCUGGUGGAGAACCUCCUGGACCCUGCCCACCUCGCCUACGCGCACAAGGGGUUGAUGAGGGACAAGCUUCGGAGCAAGGAAGAUCCCGGAAGAGUUGAGUUCGACGUAGAGGGCGGCCAGCCGGUGAAGAUGAAGAUAGAGGAGGCGAGCGUGGACGGGUUCCUGUCGCCGCAGGAGAACGGAGGCUACUACCGCUACACCGCGCCGUUCAUCAUCUGCAUCUCGUCUCUUUCCGGAGAGGCCGAGGGAGAGGAGAAGGAAAAGAAGAAACCUCAGUUCACGCAGGUGUUCAUGUGCAUCCCGGUGUCGCCGGGGAGGAGCAGGCUGAUCACCUCUUUUCCGAGGAGCGCAGGCGUCUGGCUCGACAAGAUCAUACCGCGGUGGUACCACCACAUGGGGGUGAACGUCGUCUUGGACUCGGACAUCUACCUCCUUCACGUCGAGGAUCGAAACUUGGCAGCCGCUGGUGCUGAGAACUGGCAUAAAGCCGUGUACGUGCCUACGUCGUCGGAUGGCAUGGUUAUCGCCUUCAGAAACUGGUUCAGAAAGCACUGCCAGAACCAGAUCGGUUGGGCUGCCCCAACUGUCGAUCAGCUUCCGGUGACUCCAACCAAAGACAAGCUCAUGGAGAGGUACUGCUCACACGUCGCCCAGUGCACGAGCUGCAGCGCGGCGCUGAAGGCUAUGAAGGCGCUGGAGGAGGUCCUGCAGGUCACGGCGGUCGCAGUUGUCGUGUUCCUCUCCGUGGCCAAGGGGACGACGGUCGUACAUAAAACCGCUGCCGCGUCCUUGGCCGUGUUGUGCUUCGCUGCGUCCCGCUGGCUCGCAAGCUUCAUCGAGAAGAACUUCUAUUUCCAGGAUUACAUCCAUGCUUACAAGUGAAGACAUAUUGUGUGUCAUUUGCUGAUAUGAUUCGAUGUAUAAACGAAAACUCAAA